UGCAGCCGCCGCCGCGGGUACGGCCCCCGCCCCGCCCGCGGGGGCGGCCCGCGCCGCGGCCCCUCCUCGGGGCAGGCCGGCUGCAUGGGCAGGAGCUGCGGGCAUCGCGGGCGCCGCGCUCGCCGCUCCUGGGCGCCAGUUUAGAUUACUGCUGAUUUGAUCCUCUGGAAUCUGCGAAAGGAAAGUUUGCCAGCCUCUCUGAAUAGCUUUGCAGAGUAACAGGAGUGGAGUUCCCGAGCAGAAUCGCUGAGAGAUAUGUGAACGAGUGUGAGCAAGGCUGAGGACAUCGGUAUUUCUGCCUCAAACCUGGGCUCAUUCCCCAGGCACAGUGUCUGUGUGUGGGGUGAAUACCCUUGUGGCACCUGGAGAUGAUGUCGGUUGAAGGGUCUACGAUAACAAGUCGGAUCAAAAAUCUACUUCGCUCCCCUUCCAUUAAGCUGAGGAGAAGCAAGCCUGGGAACAAGCGAGAGGAUAUAGGCAGCAAGGUGACUUUGGAGAAAGUGUUGGGCAUAACUGUGUCGGGAGGAAGAGGAUUAGCCUGCGACCCCAGAACUGGCCUCGUUGCUUAUCCAGCAGGGUGUGUUGUUGUGCUGUUCAACCCUAGGAAAAAUAAGCAACACCAUAUUCUAAACAGUUCCAGGAAAACAAUUACAGCACUUGCUUUCUCUCCAGAUGGCAAAUAUUUGGUUACAGGAGAGAGUGGACACAUGCCAGCAGUUCGGGUAUGGGAUGUGGCUGAGCGAACCCAGGUGGCAGAGCUCCAGGAACACAAGUACGGUGUGGCCUGUGUGGCUUUCUCCCCCAGCUCCAAGUACAUUGUUUCAGUGGGGUACCAGCAUGAUAUGAUUGUCAAUGUGUGGUCAUGGAAGAAAAACAUCGUAGUGGCAGCCAACAAAGUCUCAAGUAAAGUGACAGCUGUGUCAUUCUCAGAGGACUGCAGUUACUUUGUCACUGCUGGAAAUCGACAUAUCAAGUUCUGGUACCUGGAUGACAGCAAGACCUCCAAGGUCAAUGCCACAGUCCCCUUGCUAGGUCGCUCAGGAUUGCUUGGAGAACUGAGGAACAACUUCUUUGCAGACGUGGCUUGUGGAAGGGGCAAAAAAGCUGAAAGCACCUUCUGUAUCACAUCCUCAGGCUUGCUCUGUGAAUUCAAUGAAAAAAGGCUGCUAGACAAGUGGGUGGAGCUGAGGAAUACAGACAGCUUCACAACCACUGUGGCAAACUGCAUCUCUGUGAAUCAUGACUACAUCUUCUGUGGCUGCGCUGAUGGCACCGUGCGGAUUUUUAACCCUCUGAACCUUCACUUUGUCACCACGCUGCCGAAGCCACACUUUCUGGGAACAGACAUCGCGAGUGUGACUGAGGCCAGCCGUCUUUUCUCUGGUAUGGCUGAUGCGAAGUAUCCAGACACGAUUGCCUUGACAUUUGACCCCACCAACCAGUGGCUUUCCUGUGUAUACAACGACCACAGCCUGUAUGUGUGGGAUGUCAAAGACCCGAAGAAAGUGGGCAAGGUGUACUCUGCUUUGUACCACUCUUCCUGUGUGUGGAACAUUGAGAUGUAUCCAGAGGUGAAGGACAACAACCAGCCAUGCCUCCCUCCUGGCUCUUUCAUCACCUGCUCCUCUGACAACACCAUUCGUCUGUGGAACACUGAAAGCUCCAACAUCCACGGCACAGCCCUGCACCGCAAUAUCCUCAGCAAUGACUUGAUGAAAAUCAUCUAUGUAGAUGACAACACUCAGGUACUUCUGGACACUGAUUACAACUCAGCAGGAAGUGCAGAGAAAGCUGAUGCACAAGUGAUGGAUACGAAGGUGGGGAUACGCACUGUCUGUGUGAGUCCCAGUGGGGAGCACCUGGCCUCAGGAGACAGGAUAGGCACUCUCAGGAUAUAUGAGUUGCAGUCUCUGAAAGAAAUGCUGAAAGUGGAAGCCCAUGACUCCGAGAUCCUGUGUCUGGAAUACUCCAAACCCGACACAGGUUUAAAGCUCUUAGCCUCAGCCAGUCGGGAUAGACUGAUUCAUGUCUUGGAUGCUGGGAAGGACUAUAGCCUGCAGCAGACCCUGGAUGAACAUUCUUCUUCCAUCACUGCAGUGAAGUUUGCAGCCAAUGAUGGGAAAGUGCGAAUGAUAAGCUGUGGGGCAGACAAGAGCAUCUAUUUCCGCACUGCGCAGAAGACAGGAGAAGGGGUUCAGUUUACCCGAACACAUCACAUUGUUAGGAAGACCACUCUCUAUGACAUGGACGUGGACCCCAGCUGGAAAUAUGCAGCUAUUGGAUGCCAGGAUCGUAACAUCAGGGUUUUCAACAUAAGCAGUGGGAAGCAGAAGAAGCUUUACAAGGGAUCCCAAGGUGAAGAUGGCACUCUUAUCAAAGUGCAAACGGAUCCCUCUGGUCUUUAUAUUGCAACCAGUUGUUCUGACAAGAACCUGUCUAUCUUUGAUUUCUAUUCUGGCGAGUGUGUUGCAACCAUGUAUGGACAUUCAGAGAUUGUAACCGGGAUGAAAUUCAGUAAUGACUGCAAACAUCUGAUCUCUGUUUCUGGUGACAGCUGCAUCUUCAUCUGGCGUCUGAGCUCAGAGAUGACCAUCAACAUGCGGCAGCGACUGUCUGACAUGAAACAGAGAGGGAAGCAGGCAGAGAAGUCUCCUCCUCACAAGGCAGCUGGACUCAUGAGGCACGAGUCCAUCUCUGCCCUGUCCUCUGUGCCUGCACUCUCAUCAGACAGUGACAAGGAUGGUGAAGAUGAAGGGAAUGAUGAAGAUGAGUUACGUGGGCUGCAGUCUUUCCAUAUUCAAUCCAACUGCAACACUGAGAGAGACUCAGAUCCAGACCUUACCCUCUCAAGAAGCCUUUCCCAUUGGGAAAUGAGGAGGGCCAAAGAGAUAGCGGCAAUCCAGCGCUCAGAGGCUCCAAUGAGUAAGAUGCCCCGACAACGUGGGCGCUGGUCCCAACCAACCAGCAACAUAGAGAUGACCGUGAAAUCCAUGCUUGACUUGCGUCAGUUGGAGUCCUUCUCUGUUUCCCGUUCUCCAAGUCGAGACUCGCUGUCUCAAAACAGCAAUGGGGAUGACAGAGAAGAGCAUGCUGACCUUCCUGUGCACAUCAACAAAGUUAGCAGCUCAAUACCUACCCAAGAUAACGGGUCUUGUGUACGACCCCAAGUGAUUCGGCUUGUGUCUUGUGAAGAGGGGAUUUUCUCUCAGGAGCUGGAACCUUCAGAGAGUGAGGAAUGUGUAAUCUACCCUGAGCAAGAUGAAAUCCAUCCCACAGACUCUAGCAGUGAGUUCCAGGUAAAAGCAUUGCCCCAUGGAAAGCUAUGUAGAGGUUAUCACAGUAAUGGAUGCCCAGACAAGCACAGUCCAGACAGUGCUUGCUCUGUAGAUUACAGCAGCAGUCGUCUGUCCAGCCCAGACCAUCCAAAUGAAGAUUCUGAAAGCACUGAGCCCUUAAGUGUAGAUGGCGUUUCAGACCUGGAGGGAGAAGAAGGAGAGGAGGAUGUGGGUGCUAGCAUGCCAGAGGGAGAAAUUCCCCAGAUACCUGAUCAGGAAAAGUUCCUCAAGGAGCAUUUUGGGACCCUGAGCAACACUGAUGGAAAAGGUGGCUCAUGUAGGAAUCUGGAAAGAACUGAAAACCUCAGCAUUUCCUCUCGCUUUCUUUCCCAGUCCCCGGCUCUCAGACGAUUGUCGCUCUCUUCCUCAAAUCUUGUACUGGAUUCAAAGCCCAUUGAGCUGACAACCCAGACCAAUCCGUUUACACCAGACCUAUUGAAAAGUGCCAGCAGCCACCCUGAUGAUGCACUGGAGAACAGCCAGCUUCUGGAGCGUGUAAAUUCAAAUCGCGAUAUUUAUGUGCAGAAAAGACGCAGAUCGGCUUUGGAGGCCAGCAGAGUUGGUAUGGCUCCGGGGCGAGUUAUUGCCUCCUUUCCAGAAGGUCCUGUGAAUGCAGUGAUGAGAAAGGCGCAGUCAGUUCAUGACCUUGUGCAUGAGGAUAAGGGUCCUGGAGUGAUAUCCUCUGCCAAGCAGCGUCCUCAGACUCUUUUGGUGGUUGAGAAGGAUCCCAGACCUAACAAUUGCAGGGUGUUAUCAGCCAGUGUGUUGAAGAUGGAUGGAUCUGGUGCUCUGCUGGCCAAAGAUGUCAGGGCUGCAAAACCAAAGUCCUACAUGAACCCCACAACCAGCUUCCGGGCUAAGAUGUCAAGGAGCAUAUCUGUAGGGGAAAAUCUGUACCUUGGUUCCUCCACUGAAAUGUUGACUGAUGGGAGGACUAGCCCUCCAGUGACAGAGAAGACUCAAGUUAGUUCUGCAGCAGACGCUGAGAAGAUUAAGCUACCAGUGAAAGAAAAUGUUCCAGUGAAACCCACACUUCAGCCAGUUGUAAACUGCUCAUCUCCCAAGUCCUUCCACAGCAAGUUGGCAUCAUCAAACCGAGCACAUCUGAUUCUUGACAUUCCCAAGCCGUUGCCUGAUAGACCCACAUUGGCCUCCUUCUCACCCACUACCAAAACAAAAACCCUGCUUGAGCCACAGUCUCCACAGUCACCAGCUGGGGCCUCUAAAAAGAAACCUUCUUUUCCUGAGGUCCGAGCCUCCAAGAGGGAGAACCAAACUGCUGGGUCUCUGGUUCCUAGUAGAGAGAUCCCAACAGGGCUUGCUAAGGAGAGCCCAGUGGAUUGUUCAGUCUCAAGGACAGAUUGCCAGGAUGAACCAGGGGUCAGUAAUCUAAAACUGAGAGAGUUGUCAGAGGGCCUGCACCUAAGGUCUCCUGAGGGCACACUGCCCAGGUGCAGGGAGAGGAUCACCGGCAUCGCCUGUGUGCUAGACAACCAACCUGGACUUUGCCCACUAGACUCCAUCAGGCCGAGGUCUCCUACGUCUAUAACUGCCUUGGCACAGGUCUCAGGUGUGCAUGGAUACCCGUAUCUUAUCUUCCCCCUUCUGUCUCCUGUCUUUGUGAACCGCCUCACGAUCCCAUCACAUUUCUUUACGUCCAGCUUCUGGCCUGUCUCGUCCUGUCUGCACCUGUCUCGUUCCAUAAGCCAUCCCCUCAAUGAAUCGGGCAUCAGCAUAGAGCAGUGUGAGCACGUGGUAUCCGAGCUCCAGGACAGCAUGCGCAAGGCCAUUCACCUUUACCGGAUGGUCUUAAACAAUACAGAAUCUUCUACUGACAAAGAUAAAAUAGCAGGCCUCCUGACAGAAACAUUCUCCUCAAUGAAGAAAGAACUGGACUCUCUGAAAGAUGAGGAAGAGCUUCCAAAGGUUGAGGAGGUACUGGCAAAGCCACAAGAUAACACUAACCCAUUGAAUGAGGGGUGUGGUGCCAAUCUACCGAGUCCCAAGGGUUUGGGAGAUGAGCAGACACUAGCUUUGCUGGAACAGUACUCGGAGCUAUUGCUACAAGCUGUGGAACGACGCAUGGACAAAAAGCUCUAGAAUGGGUGGCUUUCAGGUGUUUGUGUGUACACAGAAAUAAUCCCAAGAAGAGGACCACAGAGAGAGCUUCAGACCAAUGCUAUCAUCACACUGGUCUAGGGCUGAUGGGGACACCGUUGUAAAUGGAUUUCCUCAGGCUCCUACAACAGACUUGCUCCAAUUCUUAGCAAUGUGCUGGCCACAGUUUUAAUAUUUUUCUUCAACUUCCUGUCUCUAAACGAAGUCUUGAAAGAGGAGUUUGGAGAAAUUGCCUUGAAGUUUCUUCAUAGCCAGUCAGGAUGUUUGGCACUUAAAAAAACAAAACAAAGAAAUUCCAGUUUAUCCAAGAAAUUCUGAACUGCUGACUAGAAGCAAAGGAGUCCAAGUGAAGCCAAUCCUUUCCUCUCCAAGGCUUCAGGAGAAUCAAGAAGCAGACUUUUUCUGGGUUUAUUUAUUAAUUUAUUUCUCUGACUGUUCCUCUGUGCCAUGUUUGUGGCUUUUAUCUUUGUCCUUUAAAAGAACUGUCAAUCCCUUUGCCAUAUCCCAGCGAGAAACAAUCUCUGUAUUAUAAACCUCCAACAGGGAGACAGGCUGGAGUGUCUGUGCAAUUAAUGAACUGUUCUCUGCUUAAAUCUUGUCUUGCUGUUCUUUCUUUUCCUGCCUUAGUUUUGUUACCUGCAGUAAUCCUGCUGUUGUUUGAUGACUCUGUCUGCUUUUCUUGUGUUUCAAGACAGUCCCCACACUGUAUUUUAUCUGCAUUCACUUCCAGGGGAAUGCUCUGCAUCCCUUGGACCAUGCUUUGGAGAUUACUUUAUGAAUUCGUUAGUGGUAUUUUUUAUCCAGAGUUUGAUGUUAUAUUGAUACUUCAGACCAGGUUUUCUGCAGAUAUUUUAAAGAUGAGAUUUAGAUACAAUACAAAAGCCUGUUUCAGCCACUUUUCAUAAUUAGGAAUUGGAUAUUGACUUUGUCGUCAUGACUAGGAAAUUUGGGGUGAUGAUUAAUUUGUUGAGAAGUGACACAGAAAAACUUGUUUCCAUCUCUUGCAGUGUAACUCUGGAUCUGAGAGAUCUUCAGUGUCAUGACUCAUCAGUGUAAUUUGUUUCAGUGUGAUAGGAAGAUAUUUUCUUCACAGAAUAUUUACAUCUCAAGAAAGUUGGGAUUCUUUUACCUUUUGUAAAGCUAUUUCAACUCCCCACGGAAAAUGAUUUCCCAAGAACUUCAAACAAGAUAUUUAGGGGUGUGAUUACUACCAUUACCCCUACCUCCAGCCUCUUUGCUUUUCAUGAACUUCUGAUCUGAGAAACAGAAAAUCUUGUCUUCUUGCAUUUGUAUGUGCAAUAUUCUUCUUGCCCUGUGGAGCUUCUCUAAGCCCAUGCUAACUUGUGUUUGUUGUGGCUUAAAACUGUCCAGUGAUGUUUUCAGGUCAAUAAUAAGCUAAGAAAAAAAAAAUUUUAAACCAAUGAAAUUCUUCAGCACCUUCCCCCUUACUCCCACUCCUUUCAAAAACAAGGGCAGAUACACAAAAUGUUUUAUUUCUUCCAUCUGCUGUCUGUCUUGCAUUUAUUUUAAGGCAGAGCAGUGUAAUUCCAGUUUAUAAAACUAAUGCAAGGAACAAGCCUUUGGUGAGAGAGAGACUACCAUCAUUUGUGGAAGUCAGUCAAAGGCAGCCAGACUGCAUCACUUGGUUACAUAGGUUACAUAGGUUGGAAAAAUUUUCUUUCAUUUUACUAUCCUGGCUGUUGUUUCUCUGAAGCCCUGUGACACUUGGAGAUGUGGUCUGUUGACUUCUCUGUCUGUGACUGCACAUCUGCAGUGCAGCCUUUUUUCUACUGGGCUGGCCAGACUAUUGUAGGAUGACCUAUUUCUUCCAAAUAACUCUAGGGCUGAAUAAUCUGCAGUUCUCUCUCUCCCCCUAAUAGGUUUGCUGCCUUAUCACCACUGCUGAGUGCUUCAGGACAUGGGAGUAUGGGGAACACUUUGAGAGCUUUCCAACUACUUCUGCCUGUAAUUUAAAUCUGCCUAAUCAUGUUUCAGGUGUCCUUGCUAACCUUCCUUCCAUGGGCUUGUACUGAAACUUUAAAAUUUUCUAGUUCUGUCUCUGCACUGCACUGUGCUGAAUCAGCUGGUGUGCUUGGUCCCAUGGGCAGCUUCUCUUGCACAGACAGGUUUUGCGAAGGAAGGCAAGUUGAAAACCAGAGAGGAAAUAUCUGGCGGUUUCUUUGAGUGAAAAGGUCUGCUGGAGAGGCCGCAAGUGGAAUGUAUGAUGACAGUCAUAUUGGGUCUGUGAUGGGAGUUAGUGUGGAUCAAGCUUGCUUUCGAGGUGACCAGUUCCUCCACUUUCAGACUGUGAACAUAUGUCUUAGUAUACAGGAAAUUUCUUGAUGUACUGGGGCAAUAAGACACUCAGGAAAAAUAGCAGUCCCUUCAAUCCAAGUAUCUUUUGGUACUGUUGAUAACGGUUUGAGGGUUCUUUAUAUGACUUCCUUGUGCAAUUUUAUUCCAUUUUAUUAUUUAAACUUUGAGGUAGUGACAAAAAAGUCAGAGAUGGUACAGGAGAGCCAGUGGUGAGAAUGAAAUUCCCAUUAAGAUAAAGAGCAACAACUAGUAAAGCUGGCAUAGAGAUAUAGAACAAAGCUCCUUGGAAAUGAGUCAUGUGAAACAAAUCUAGCUUCUAAGCUGAUCACAGUGGAAUGGAUUUUGCUCAGGGUCAUGGCUGUAUACAGGAAACCAGAGGUAAAAUCUGAUCAGAAUGAUGGUAAGAGAAGUGUCAGGCAAGUAGAUCAGCUGGAGAAUAGUUGUGUAGUUUAAAAUAAAUUUAGAGAAGUAUAUGUAGGAGACUCGGGAAAACAGAGUAGAAGUAGAGGUAGUUUUGGCCUGAAGAACACCAUUUGGCCAAUACCCGUGAAAGGUAGAGUACUGAAAAGCUUUAGGAAAGUAGAUUUAGGACUUGGAGAUGAUGGUCUGUAAUUGAAGAAUGAAUUGGAAGGGUUUGUUUUUAAAUACGUCCUAUUGGGCCUCUUGUUUCUUCUCUUGCUGUUCCCUAAGCAAGUGCUCUUUUCUCAAAUGGCAAAGUCGUGAGCUGUUUGUUUAAGGCUUUGGUGUUAUGAAUUGAGUAGUAGAAGCCCAGUAAAGGAGAUGCUGGUGCCAUGAGUUUGUUGCUGAGAGGGAUGAGGAAGCAGUGUUGCUCUUUAUAAUUUGACACUGAUCCAACUGAUUCUUCCCUACGAACUUCCUAUUGCUGGCAGUAGGAAAUAUUCCUAAACAUUCUAGUUUACAGAACAGAGAGGGUGUAAAUGUGUUACAUUUUGUUGCACCUUGUGAGUAUGUUUCAUCACAGGCUGUCCAUUGGGUCAGGUAGAGAAAUACUGAAUGGUAACUGCAUGGGAAGCGAAGAGGCUUGUCAGAGGAGCUAAUAAAUGUGAGUCUAUCCUUCUUAAUGGUUUAUGAUCCUCUUACUGAUUUGCGUGGGUAUUAGCACAGACACAAGAUACCUGUGUUAAGACAAGUUAUUUGUUUAACAUAAAGCCUGUAAAAAUAAUUUGGACUUACCUAUCCUCUUUGCAUACAUUUUUUCCCCCUCCAACCUAACAUUCCCGGUCAAAGUGAGAAGUUGUAGAGGAGGUUUUUCCAUCUUAGAAAUAGUACUGCUUUACCUGUGGGACCUCUCAGUUCAUUCUAGGGCUCUCUUGAACUGGGACAGUAGGAAGGGCUGCAACCUGAUAGAGCAGCAAACUCUCUGUUUCAUGCUGCAGGCGCGUCACACCCUCCUCCCCAUACCCCAGUUGCACCCAGGAGCUGUGGGUAUGGGAGUCUGCAUUUCUUCCACCUCCUCUCUCAGGUUGUCCUCUCCUUUCCAUGCAGCCUCCCACAUGAUAACUGGGCCAAGGCUUUACAGCAGCCCCCUCCCCAGUCCCCCGUUUUGCAGACUUCAUCAUGACUCAGAGGGAUUGGGAUGUUUCUUUCUGGGAGUAGAAACAUACCAAUUAAAUUUUUUAAAAAGAACGAAUAUGUAUAUAAAUAUAUAUAAGAAAAAAAAUGAAAUGCAGGUAUUUAAACGCCCUUGGUAAAUUCAUGCAUGUAUACAGUGUCUCCCCCCACCUCCACCCCUUUGGAUGUGUAGCAUCCAGGAUACUAAAUGACAAGAAACCUCAUUAAAAUGGUAGACAGGUCUUCUAGCAAACCCGGAGAGAACAGGUGCUUCCUUCUCUGGGUAAGUCCAGCGCGUCCCGUGUUUCAGAUCGUGUGUGCGAGUAGGCGGGGGCGGCUGGAGCUGUGUUGGUGUGUGUACCCUGCUGCGCGGCGCGGCGGAAGCCGUGCGGGGCAGCAGCGUAAGGAACAAGCCAUGUGCACCCCGUGUGCCUCGCACCAGGCAGGCACCUCCUCACCUGUGUUCUCCGACACUGCCCUUUUCCUUCACCCCUGUAAAAAACCAAGACAAACAAACAAACAAACAAACAGAAGUUCCCUCAUGCUUUAUUUAUAAAUGUGUGUUUUUAUACUUUUGGCUUUAGGUAAAGUACUUUUUUAUUAUUAUUUGGAAAAAAAUAAAAAUUCGUUUGUUGGGUUAUUUUGUUUUUGGUUUUGCUUUGUUUGUUUUUGUUUGUUUUUUUUUUUUUUCUUUUCUUGCACUGUGAGGCUCCCCCGGGAGCAGUUUUUAACUCUGUAUUCAUUUGUACUCCGUGUCUUAAACUGUUUCAAAUAAACACGUGACCAUUUGUUACCGA